UCACUUCCUGGUCAGCUGAUCCAGACGCAGAAGAGACAAGAGGACCGCUAGCAUCCUAUAAUGAUAAUCCUGUCUCCCCGUCCGGACAGCGUUUGAAAUGAAAGUGACACAACUGUAAAGCCACCUCGAGCCCUGAACCCCCUGGAAUAACACCUGAGCAUCUGUGUGUCUGUGUAUCACCAGCAUCCAGCGUCGGAUCUUGAGGAAACCAGCAGAGCAAGCCCUGUCCCCUGCUUCUCUUCACCUCUGUUUACUGGAAAGUUCCUCUCCUCUCCUGGCUACUGAACGGCCUUUUUCCAAUCGCAGUGCCAGGAAAGGACGCUGCUGAGAAAUCCACAGUGUCAGACUGAACUGGAUUCAAUGAGGGAGCCAGAUCGGGAGGAGCAGCCUGAAGACAACAUGCCCCCCAAAUUUAAACGACACCUCAACGACGAUGAGGUCACGGGAUCCAUUCGCAGCGAGAGGAGGAACCUACUGGAGGAGGACUCUGAUGAGGAGGAGGACUUCUUUCUGAGAGGACCCACGGGACCAAGAUUUGGACCUCAGAAUGACAAAUUCAAGCAGGUGCAGUCGCAGGUUGAUGAGGUGAUCGAUGUGAUGCAGGAGAACAUCUCCAAGGUGAUAGAGAGGGGCGAGCGGCUCGACGACCUGCAGGACAAGUCGGAGAGCCUAUCAGACAACGCGUCUGCCUUCAGUAGCCGAGCCAAACAGCUGCACAGGAGGAUGUGGUGGAGAGACAUGAAGAUGAAGAUGAUUAUUGCCUUGGUAGUUGUUGCUCUCCUGCUCAUUAUCAUCAUUCCAGUGAUCCUGCGAUAUCGCUAGUGUCUGAUGAGGAGGAUGGGGGAGAACACUCCUCUUCCUCUUCUUCCUCUCUCUUUCUCUCUGUCUCUUUCUCUCCCUUGCACACAGUCCUCCACUCCAGCUAGGGGGCGUCAGCCAGCCUCCCACGCGCUCCACACUGUCCGUCUCAAGGAUCUUGCCCAUAGUACAGAUCUUAUCAUUGGUAUUUUCACAUAAAUCUGCUGUGAGAUCAGUACUAAGGACUCGGUUUGAUCCCUGGUUUUUAAGCUACAGAAAGGGGACUCGGGAGACUUGUGGGGAUAUUUUAAUGCAGUUUAGGAGGACAUGCUGACUCUCAACCCUCUAGUCAAUGUAAAGGAGUGCUCCGUGCCAUGAUAGAAGUCACGUGCAGGGCCCUGUCUUUGCGUUGACAACAGGGAAACUCCGUGUCCUGCAUAUUACAUCAUAUAUAGAUAGACACUGUAAAGGCAGGGAAUCCAUGCUGGCUUUCUCUCUUAGUUUAGCUGGUCUGAAUCUGCUGCAGCAGCCUCAUAUAAAAGGCUGCUAUAACAUUUAGCGAAUGAACCUCAGAUGUCUACCCAUGAUUCCUUGUGUGCUGUCUGUCUUCUGAGAGCGUUUAUAGGGAACAUUUUGUGAACUCAAGCACAUUUCGGCGUUCAAAAAAACACAAGGUGAGGGAACAUCUGAGGUUCAUCUUGCAGAGGUGGCUUCUCUGAAUCAUCAAAAAGACUUUCUGACAGGAAAGUGGUUUCACUUAUCAGGUAUGUUUCCUCAUCAGUACAGAUGAUGGGGGAAAGGGGCCUAGAAAGAAAGUCAUUUGUUUAGAUAACAUCCUGCUUUCUAGCAUCAUUCUCUCAUUAAUCACCGCUUUCCAUUUCCGUCUGCCUCUUGAUACACUGCAAAAAAAGAAAAGUUGGGUGAACUCAAAAUUUCAAGGCAACAAACUUCGAUAAAAUUUUCAGUUGGACAAUUAAACUAAAUAUUUUAAGUUUUGUUUUUGAGUUUGCUCAACUCUGAAUUUCUCUGGCACGAUUGUAACGCCAUUAUGAAUGUCAGCUAAUGUUGUGACCACAAUUUUGAGUUAGCAUUGAUACGCUAAUGGCUACUCUUGUAGCUGUAACAAGCAGCGCCGCUAGCAUCAGUUAGCCGCUAGCAUCAGUUAGCAACUAGCAUCAGUUAGCCGCUAGCAUCAGUUAGCAACUAGCAUCAGUUAGCCGCUAGCUUUCGCUAAUGACCGAAUUUCACAACAAAGAAAUAAGAGUUAGCAGAACUAUUGUCCCUUGUUUUGAACCCCAACUUAAAGAUAUAAGUAACAACAACUCACAAACUUGUUUUUGAGCAGACAACUGGCUUCCUUUGUUGUGCUAACUUACAUUAUUGCCCUGAAUAUCAGUAAUUUAUAUUUCCAAGUUUUACCAAAUUAAAUCACUGUUUUAGGCCAAAAAAUACAAGUUGGCUUUUUUGCAGUGUAGCUUGUUAUACUCCGCAGCAGGACCGUGUCAAACCAAAACAUCCGGGUUAUGAAUGUCUCCUCGGUGCUGUUGUGCCGGGCUCUGGGCUGGUUUGGUCACGGCUGUCCUAGUUUCCCGCUCGUGACAUUAAACUGUCUCUCACUCUGCAGAUGGUUCUGUUUGGUUUUAAUGCUGCUUCCGUCUGUCUCCCCCCCCCCCCCUACUAUUUUUAAGUUCUUAUUUCUGCUGCUCGCUCAAUGUGAUGCUCGUAUGAAUGCUGGUUAUUCCGCCGCCACAGCCGGGACGGUUUGUCCUCGCCGUACUGUCACAUUACUUUUUAAGCAGGGUUCUUUUUUUAAGUGAUGCAAGUUAAAAGUCGAGCUGUGAAACUUAGGUGUCAUUGUGUCUGGAUUAAUUAUCUGUAUAAUAAAUUGAAACUCAUUGUCAUUUUUAUUAUUUUUAAUGUAAUUUAUUUUAGCUGUAAAUAUUGAUUCUGUAAUGAUGUACAAUACUCUGGCAUUGCAUUGGAAGACUGUGAUAUACUGAACCUUUUUGCUCUGAAAUAAAGUGAUUUUAAAGGGC